AGCGGACGCCAUUUUCCCAGAGAGAGGCAGUGACAUAGAAGGGAGCGUAGGAGGCUGAAAGGAGGGAGACACGGGAGCAGCGGUGGCAGCGGGGUUUGUACGCAGGUCCCAAGGCAGAGGCGCUUCCUAGCUGGUCCCUGAAGGGCUCUGCGCAUUGAGCUAGCUCUGGGGGGAGGGGGGGGCCUCCUCUUUCUUUCCCCUUUCCUUUCUUCUAUCCAGGUCUGCUGAGGGCUGAGUGUUGCCCAGGGUAGGGAUAUCCGCAGUGGGGUUGUUGCAUUGUUUUGGUUGGGGUAGAGAAGGGGCUCAGCUGAGGGGUCCUGCUGCCUGGCCUGUGACCAUUACAGGGUUUGUGGAUGCACUUAGAUGUUUGCAAUGAGCACUGUGGCUGGCAUGCCCCAGUGUUUUGGAUAUCAAUGCAUAGGACUCCGUAGUAAUCGAAUUUAUCAGAAACGAACGUCAUGAGCAUAGUGAUCCCACUGGGGGUUGACACAGCUGAAACUUCUUAUUUGGAAAUGGCUGCAGGCUCAGAACCAGAAUCUGUAGAAGCUAGCCCUGUGGUAGUUGAAAAAUCGAACAGUUAUCCGCACCAGUUGUACACCAGCAGCUCUCAUUCACACAGUUACAUUGGUUUGCCCUAUGCAGACCAUAACUAUGGUGCUCGGCCUCCUCCAACGCCUCCAGCUUCUCCUCCUCCGUCAGUGCUUAUCAGCAAGAAUGAAGUAGGCAUAUUUACCACUCCCAACUUUGAUGAAACCUCCAGUGCUACAACCAUCAGUACAUCAGAGGAUGGAAGCUAUGGAACUGAUAUUACCAGAUGCAUUUGUGGAUUUACACAUGAUGAUGGAUAUAUGAUCUGUUGUGACAAAUGCAGUGUUUGGCAGCACAUUGACUGCAUGGGGAUUGACAGGCAACAUAUUCCUGACACUUACCUGUGUGAACGUUGUCAACCAAGGAGUUUAGAUAAAGAAAGAGCAGUGCUGUUGCAGCGAAGAAAAAGGGAGAAUAUGUCAGAUGGGGAUACCAGUGCAACGGAAAGUGGUGAUGAGGUUCCUGUGGAACUGUAUACUGCUUUUCAACAUACACCAACUACAAUUACUGUAAAUCCUACGAGAGUUACAAAAGUCAAUGAUAAGAAAAGGAAAAAAAGUGGGGAGAAAGAGCAGAACAUAGCAAAAUGUAAAAAAGCAUUUCGAGAAGGGUCCAGGAAGUCUUCGAGAGUAAAGGGCUCGGCUCCAGAGAUUGAUCCUACUGACAGUUCCAACUUUGGAUGGGAAACUAAAAUCAAAGCAUGGAUGGAUCGUUAUGAAGAAGCAAAUAAUAACCAAUACAGUGAGGGUGUUCAGAGGGAGGCACAAAAAAUAGCCCUGAGAUUAGGCAAUGGGAAUGACAAGAAAGAAGUCAACACCAGCAAUCUGAUUUUCAAACCUCCAGUAGAGAGUUAUGUGCAAAAAAACAAGAAAAUUUUAAAAGCUGCCAAAGAAUUGCCUCCUGAUGCACUUAUUAUUGAAUACAGAGGAAAGUUCAUGCUGAGAGAACAAUUUGAAGCCAACGGAUAUUUCUUUAAAAGGCCAUACCCUUUUGUCUUAUUUUAUUCCAAAUUUCAUGGGCUAGAAAUGUGUGUUGAUGCAAGGACAUUUGGAAACGAAGCUCGAUUCAUCAGGCGCUCAUGUACACCAAAUGCGGAGGUGAGGCAUGUAAUCGAAGAUGGAACAAUUCAUCUUUAUAUUUACUCCAUCCAUAACAUUCCAAAGGGAGCUGAGAUUACGAUUGCAUUUGAUUUUGAUUAUGGAAAUUGUAAAUACAAAGUGGAUUGCGCUUGCCUCAAAGAAAAUCCUGAAUGUCCUGUUCUGAGACGUUCUGAACCUACAGAAAACAUCAUUACUGGAUAUGAGACGAGGAGAAAAAAAGGAAAGAAAGAAAAGGAUGUUUCAAGAGAAAAGGAGACUCAAAAUCAGAACAUCACAUUGGACUGUGAAGGAGCAGGCAACAAAAUUAAAAUCCCAGAUAAUAAGCAGAGGAAGCUAUCUCCCCUCAGGCUCUCCAUCUCUAAUAAUCAGGAGCCAGAUUUUAUUGAUGAUAUAGAAGAAAAAACUCCUAUUAGCAAUGAAGUAGAAAUGGAAUCAGAGGAGCAGAUUGCAGAAAGGAAAAGGAAGAUGGUAAGUUGGGAAGCAAUAGCUGCUUAA